GAUGCUGAUCCAACCAGGAACUGAAAGUGCACGAGGCGCAGCCUGUUCUCAGAGGGACGACAGGACACACAGACGCUGCACCGCGAGACGCCGGACAGCCAGGUGAGGGUGAAGAUGAAGAGCGUGCUGCUUUACGUUCCCAUGGCGAUGGUGGUGAUGUCCACGUUGGUCGGACUCACAGCUACAACACCAUGGUUUAGGACUACAACGCCAACAUGGACCACCACUGCAGGAGCUUCUGGACUCAAUUUAAACGGGAAGAUGUUCACUUUGUCUGUUAAUGGAGGAGGAGUUUCCUUCUAUUCACCCUAUUUUUCACCCACCACCUCCAGUCCCUACACCACCCGCCGCCCCUACUACACCACCACCCGUCCCUACACCCCCCAACCCACCACCCGCCGCCCCUACUACACCACCACCCGUCCCUACACCCCCCGAACCACCACCCCCCGACCUACCACCACCCGUCCCUGGACCACAGCACCUACUACUAGAGGUGUGUCCGUGUGUCUGCGUUACAUGUCCGACUUUCAGACAGACAUCCGCUCCAUCUUCACCCUCAGUCCAUCCAGCAGACAGCCUCUGCAGAUGGGAGUCAGUGCUUCAGGGUCGUAUAGACUAUCCUUUGACAGAUAUGGUUAUUACAACCUAAACUUGAAACCCUACAAAACCUUCUGGGCAAACAUCAGACUGGAAAUCUGGACCCGGGUCUGCCUUACAGUGGACACCAUGAAGAAUGUGGCCCAGUUGUUUAGCGACUCGAGUAUGAGCAUCAGGAAGAUGCUGCCUACUGAUGUUCAGUAUGUGUGGUCAGGUGAGCCUGUGAUUGAUUUUUCAGGUUUUGAUGGUCAGGUGACAGAUGUCCAGAUAUGGGAUUAUUCUCUCAAAUACAGAGAAGUCUUGAACUACAUGAACAGCGGUCGCUACAGCUCGUACUCUGGCUCCGCCCUCACCUGGUCCUACAUCAGCUACUCCCUCAGAGGAAAGGUACUGUUGGAGGACGUCUAUGAGCGGCAGUGGCAGGACCAACAGCUGAUCCAAAGCAAGAAGAAGAACAUGCGUCAACCAAAGGGAGAGAAGAAGAGCAGGGAGUUUUUCAAUUUAAGCGAGAGCAAGAGAGAACAGCUUUAAGGAAACAAGCAAGGCCAGGCGACAAAAGCUGUAGCCUCUGGUUUUCUCUUCAUAAUACAGAAUUUAGCAAUCAAGCAUCAAUUAAUGAUGAAUGACAUUUAAACGACUAAUGAUUACUGAUUUGAUUAAAGCGUGAUUACUGUAUAUUAACAAGAUGACAAACGUAAGAAAAUACAACCAAACAGGAUCAUUCUUUCAUAUUUUUAAUAACAUGUGUGACUUUAUAUCGUUCUCUUUGUACGUGUACUUGCUUCCUUGAUUUUUGACGUUAUUAUAAAACAAUAAAGAGAUGUCUGAGACA